CGCUCGUUGUCAUUGGCAGCGCAGGACUGACCCAUUUCACUGAAUGAACCGUGUGUGGAUGAGUGUGUGUAUGGCGAAUAGAUGCGCUGUACAACAUCGCGAACGAUGAACGCCGGCUCGACGCUGUUUAUUUUAUCAUUAUGCAGUUUCGGAUUUAUUCAAGCCAGAUCGCCGGUGCAGUCCUGUCCCAGCGGACAGUUCCUACUAAAAAAUCAGUGCGUUUUAUGUCAUCCCACCUGCACGGAGUGCAAGGGUCAUGAGCUAUUCGAGUGCACUGCUUGUGGUCUAGAUGAGGAGGGGAAGGAGCGUUUCCUGCAUCAGGGCCACUGCAGGCUACACUGCCCACGAGAGUUUUAUUCCGACCGAGAGCAGUACACCUGUCUUCCAUGUAUGCCUAACUGUGAGAUCUGUGCUGAUCCCAACGUGUGUGCCAAGUGCAGAGAAGGCUACAAUCUUCAGAGCGGCAUCUGUCUCACAGUCCUGUGUAGACUUGGUCAGGUUCAGGACCCGGAUACACAAGAAUGUAUAGACUGUGGUAUUGGCUGUAAAACAUGCUCCACAGAUGAUCCAGAAAUUUGCCACAGCUGCACAGACGGCUACUUCCUAUACAGACAGCAGUGUCGUCAGCACUGUCCCCAGAGGACCUAUGAGGACCGCGGUAGAGGACUGUGUAUCAGCUGCCCGGAGCCGUGUGUGGACUGCCGGAGUGAUAGCCUGUGUCUUACAUGCCAGUCCGGAUACUUCCUGAACAAUGGCACCUGUGUGAAGGAGUGCCCAGCAGACACGUUUAAAGACUCCAGAGGGUGGCGCUGUCAGCCUUGUCACAGCUCCUGUCUGACCUGCCACGGCCCUGGAGUGAGAGACUGUGACCGAUGCAGUGGCUGGAGCCGCCCAGUUUAUGGGAAGUGCCCGGUGAUCAGCUGCCUGGAAGGCCAAUAUGUUGAUGGGGAAAGUCGCACUUGCCGUUACUGCGAUAGCUCCUGCCUGACAUGCUACGGUCCAAAGGCUCAGAAUUGCAUCACAUGUGCUACCGGAUACAUGUUGGAGCAGGAGGCUGUGUGUGUAGAUCACUGUCCUCUGGGUUUCUAUGGGAACAGCUCCAGUCUGCUGUGUGAGAGGUGUUCUGCUAACUGCGACGCCUGUGAGAGCAGAGACGAGUGUGUGAGCUGUAAGACGGACACUUACCAGCUCUAUCUGUUCCAGGGCAGCUGCUGGUCAGAGUGUCCAGAAGGUUAUUUUGAAACCGAGCUGGGGACAUGCGAACCCUGCGACGAACUCUGUUUGACCUGUGACGGCACAAGCACACAGUGCCUUUCGUGUCGAGAUGGGCUUCAUCUGGCCAACGGCCAGUGCAGGCAAAACUGUGGGCCUAUGAGCUACGUGGCAGAAGACGGCACAUGCAGACGCUGUGCUUCUCAUUGUGACGUGUGUACAGAUUUUUCCACCUGUACAAGGUGCAGUUUUCUCUAUUUGCUCUUAAACGGCGCAUGCAAGGCUGUCUGUCCGAAGGGUUAUUUUGAAGACUUGGAUAAGGGGAUCUGUGUGAACUGCCAUUCUACCUGUGCCACCUGCUCUGGUCCUCUGUCUGAUGAUUGCGAGACCUGCUCUGCCCUCAACCCAAAACUCUACGAGGGCACGUGCUUGGAAGAGUGUCCAGCGGGCACUUAUUAUCAGACCUCUGACAAGGAAUGCCAGGAAUGUCACCAGACCUGUGCACGCUGUGAGGGUCCAGAGCCCACCCAGUGUCUGCAGUGUGAAAAAGGUCUGGUUCUGGAUCCCAACACCAUGAUGUGUGGGGUUACCGGGGAUUCGGACUGCCCACCUAAAACGUUCCUCCAAAACAACCAGUUCACUUGCCAGGCAUGUCAUCGACUCUGCCAGUCCUGUGAAGGGCCGGGACCCUCUGACUGCCAGACCUGCACUCUGCCCAACUACCUCCACAAUGGUUCGUGCAUGAGUAAAUGUCCUGUGGGAACUUACAGUGCCCAUGAAGAGGCUGACGGGGUAGAGCUGGGUUUUUGUAUGCCCUGUGAUCAUGUGUGUGCCACCUGUACCGGGGGCGUCUCCCAGAGACUGUCUUAACUGUUCUUCAGGCUACCUUCACCUGCUCUCUCAUCUCUGCGUUAGCCACUGUCCCACAGGGUACUACAGCACAGGGGAGCGCUGCGAGAAGUGUGACCGUUCCUGUGAGCAGUGCUCGGGCCCAGGGCCAGACGCCUGCAGGGUGUGCACACCUCCUCAGCUGGACCUCCAGGGCACCAGGCAGUGUGUGGAUCAGUG